AUGGAUAGAGACAAUGGCUCCCCUGUGUUGAAGGAUGAAACCAAUGUAUCCGACCCCGCCUCAUCAGGCAUCACACUAGACCAGGGCGCUCACGCUCAGGAUUCCUCUACGAACCCCAAGGAUGGCAUGGAUCUUGAAAUGGCAAAAACACUGUCCUAUGUCGAGCAAAUGUCCUUCUUUCGUGAGUUCUUCUUCGUUGGCCUGCUCUGCUCGGCACAGUUCGUGGCACAAUUUGCUCUGACGAGCACGAUUAACAUCAUAAAUGUCAUCGGCGAUGAGCUCGGUAUAACGAAUCUUGGUAUCUUGUCCUGGCUGGUGGCGGGCUACUCUCUCACCAUGGGCACAUUUAUCCUUUUGUCGGGGCGAUGCGGAGAUUUGGUCGGCUACAAGAACAUGAUCAUAUUCGGUUUCGCAUGGUUCGCUAUCUGGAAUGUCGUGGCUGGAUGCGCCGUAUAUGCCGAUGGGCAAGGCAAGCAGGUGCUCUUCAUUUUUGCAAGAGUGAUUGGCGGUAUUGGACCCGCCAUCUUAUUGCCGAAUGCAUUGGGUUUGCUGGGCGCAACAUACAAGGAAGGGUUGCGGAAAGACAUGGUCUUCUCGAUAUUUGGGGCUUGCGCACCAUGCGGCGGUGUAUUCGGCGGCACAAUGAGUGGACUUUGGUCGUUGGUCUGGUGGCCUUGGACUUUCUGGACUUUUGGAAUCGGACUGCUCGCGCUGGCCAUUCUCUCAGCUUUCAUCCUCCCGACAGUACCGAUACGAGAAGAACUACGUGGAAUUUCUUUCAAGCAGAAGCUGGAAGAGUUGGAUAUGCUAGGUGCCACGGUGGGCAUUACGGCAAUGAUUCUGUUCAACUUUGCCUGGAACCAGGCCCCCGGCUUUGGCUGGGAGCACCCUUACGUCUACGUGCUGUUGCUCAUCGGCAUCCUUCUAUUCCCGGUCUUCUUCUGGAUCGAGCUGAAAGUUUCUUCGAAGCCGCUUAUCCCCUUUGACGCACUCAAAACUGACGUGAUCUUCGUCCUGAUCUGCGAGUGCUGCGGAUGGGCAGCAUUUGGUAUCUGGAUCUACUACAUCAUCCAAUUUUUCCAGCGGCUCCGCUACGCCACUCCUCUACUCUCCAUGGCCUACAUGAGCCCUCUAGUAGUCGCUGGUAUCAUUGCAGCUCUCACCACAGGUAUGGUCUUAUCGCGUAUCGGUCCCGCGUGGGUCAUGGUCAUUAGCAUGCUCGCCUUCUUGACCGGUAGUAUUAUUACAGCCACCAUGCCCGUCGACCAAAGCUAUUGGGCGCAAUCGUUCGUCGCCACUUUGAUCAUUCCGUUCGGCAUGGACAUGUCCUUCCCCGCAGGCAACUUGAUUAUGAGCAAUGCGGUCAAGAAGGAACAUCAAGGCAUGGCUGCGAGUUUGGUCAACACGGUCAUCAACUAUUCCAUCAGCAUAGGUGUCGGUAUUGCAGGCACAGUGGAGGUCAAUACCAACAACGGUGGGCUAACGCACGCCGACGAGCUUGUGGGAUACCGAAAUGCCUUGCAUCUUGCGAUCGGACUGAGCGCACUCGGCGUUUUCACCAGUCUGCGGUUCCUGCUCAAGGUGUACCUGCGUGAUAGACGGACCCAACCUGCACAAAACCAGGAGAAGUAG